AUGAGUAAUAGAAAAUUUAAUACUUCACUUCCAGCUUUUAAAACUGCAAAACAGAUGUUGAAAGAAACCAAUACAACUAUUUUAGCUACAUCUAAUAAUAUCAUAACCAAUAAUGAUACAUUUAAUAAUUCUUCAA